UCCUCGCAUCACCCCUCCUCCCACUCUAUCUUUGUGUUCUCUGUCCCAGUCCAUUUUUACACAUCACUCGCUGAAUAGAUUAUUGGCGGGGAUUUACUUAUUUGAGGCUCACAUCAAAACAAAGGCACUGCAGUGUAUUUUCAGAUGCACUGGGAGACAGAGGGAGCAGGAGGUUAUCGAGGGAGAAGAGAACUCAUUCCCUCAAGUUACCCGCUGUCGUCUUUACGGUGGACUUUAGACUACAGAGCCUCAGACUCGCUGGGUCCAAUCCAUAACCGAAUCAGCAACACACGCUUCUUCCCACACACACACACACACACACACACACUCACACCUCCAUCGCUUGGGCGCUCCAAACAGUCCAUAGUGACCAUGUCUCUGAGGCUGCUGCCUGCCUUCGCCAUGGACAAUGACGAUGACGACGACGGGAACUUCACCAACUGGAUGAGCAGCUACUGGGGCCACGGAUCAGAGGGCCACGCCGCCAGGGAGAACAAGAGGAGCUUCAGGAAGACCUCCAGGUCCCAGACAGACCGGCGGGCCUCUCUACCCUGCGUGUCCCAGCUAGACGCCGUGAGGCUCUCUAGGCUCCACGCCGGUGCCUUAGGGGCCUCAGCCUCUGUCCACAGCAGCCGACCGGGCGGGGAGAACCGCGACGGGGCCCGGCCCCCCACCAGGGCCCGACGCGCCUCGUCCGACGAAAUCAGCCGCGCCCACGUGGUCAUCCCUGAGAGCCGAAUCCCCACCAUACCCACCAUCCCGGAGCUCACAGAGUCCUUCGACAAGAGAUUCUCUCUGGGGAAGAAGACCCAAGUCUCCCUGAACGAGUCGGACAGCGUGUGUCUGAUCUGUGCGGAGGAGCUUCGUAGCGGCCGAACUGGGGUACUGGAGGUCCACUGCAAGCAUCGCUUCCACAGGGAGGCAUCGCGGCACGGGCGCUUGCGCAGCAGCAGCAGCGCAGCGGCGGAAUGCGACGCUUGGAGGAGUGCGAAAGAGGAGUGCCGGAGGGCAUCCAAGGAGACGGACUGUCUCAUGCCCCACCGCCAGUUCUCACUGCGAAGACACCGCUGACCGGUCACGCCGAUGACAUCACACAUCGAUGACGUCUGACAGCGCUAGAGCUCGCUGGAACGUGACAGCGCAGUGGAAGAAAUAUUUGGGCAAUGCCCAAAUAUGGAGAUUCCUUUGGAACUUGUCGAGUUAUUGGAAACUGCCACACCUGGACAGAGCUAACAACAUUUUUUUGCCACAGUAAAUGUGACUAAUGAAAUGACCGUAGAAUUAUAGAAAUUCUCUCAAUGACAAGAGACAAAUAAAAUGAGGAAAAUACUGCAAGUGACAUCUCUGGUUUAAUUUGGUAUUUGAUUUUUUGGUUUGUUUUAUUAGCAAUAUAUAGGUAUAUAUAACAAUAGCUAGUAGGAAAUUCAUAUGUUACCAUGUUGUCCCAAUAUUACUCAAUAAAUGUCAAUAAAUACAGCGGGAUGUCGUACUUCGUUUGAGUUGCAGGUAUGUUGUUGUCCUUUUUGCUCAGUCUCAGCAUUAAAAACGAUAUGUUAAUGAUACAAUAUAUUUUGGUUUAUAGUGUUCUGUGUAUCAUUCAAAUCAACCAAUAAGC